AUCAUCAUCAACACCAGCAGCAGCAGCAGCAGCAGCAGCAGGAGAGAGAAGUGCUCUUCUUCCAUUCCUCCUUGUUCAAUACCUUCUUAGUGUCCCUCUCCUCUCAGGACACCAUCCUCCUCCUCCUCUCCGUGCGGUAAAGUCGCAGUGACGCAGCGCAGGAGGAAGAAAAGCCGUUUUUGUUUUGCAGCAGCAGCAACAGUCGUGUUUGAAAUUCACGCGCUCAGCUGCAUGGGUUGGCUGUAGCAGGAGUUUGUUUCGGGAGAAGAAGAAGCAGCAGCAGCAGCAGCAGCAGCAGCAGCUGAGGAGAGGAGAAGAAAACUUUAGCUGGAGUUUGUCUGAGCCUCCACCCGCUCCUCCCCGCUCCUGCCCCACACCUCCACUCCACAGCAGCGCUCAUCUGGAUUAGAACAGAUCCACUUUGUGUUCGUGUCAGCCGGCUGCUCCGUGGACUGUGCGCUCCUGCACGCGAGGAUCUAGUUGGUUCUUUUCCUCUUCCUCUUCUCCUUUCUCCGUUUUCCCCCCUCCCCGCUGUACUUGCGUCAUGACUUCUAGCUAUGCACAUGUAAUGGACAGCAGGCAAGCGACGAUAUCAAACCGUCUGGAGAGCCCGAUCACAUCUAACCUGGACAGCCUGCAAGCCAAAAAGAACUUCUCUGUGAGCCACCUGUUGGAUCUGGAGGAGGCCGGGGAAAUGGUGGGCAACCAGGCCGACGACAGCGUUGGGGAGGCGGGGAGGAAUAUGCUGGAGUCCCCGGGGCUGACCAGCGGGAGCGACACCACCCAGCAGGAGAAUGAACAGAUGAACACGGAGGAGAAGAAGAAGAGGAAGCAGCGCAGGAACAGGACCACCUUUAACAGCAGCCAGCUCCAGGCUCUGGAGAGAGUGUUCGAGAGGACACACUAUCCCGACGCCUUCGUCCGAGAGGACCUCGCCCGCCGGGUCAACCUCACCGAGGCCAGAGUCCAGGUCUGGUUUCAGAACCGAAGAGCUAAGUUCCGCAGGAACGAGCGCGCCAUGCUGGCCAGCAAAAACGCCUCACUUCUCAAGUCCUACUCCGGGGACGUGACGGCUGUGGAGCAACCCAUCGUACCACGCCCCGCGCCACGCCCCAAUGACUAUUUGUCCUGGGGCAGUGCUGCCCCCUACAGCUGGUAUCCAAUGCCGGAGGGGGGGCCAGUGCGAGUGCCACAGAAAAUGCUGCCCUCAGAGAACAACGCCAUGGCCACUUACCCGCCCACCUGCUCCAACACAAACACAUCACAGGGAAUGAACAUGGCCAACAGCAUCGCCAACCUGCGGCUCAAAGCCAAGGAAUACAGCUUGAACCAAGUGCCCACGGUCAACUGAGGGGAGCGCUAUAGGCUGGGGUCGGACAGGUCAGCACAGUCAGACGGCAUCCCUGGACCACGCGUCUCCUCUCCCUCCCAGAGCAGCCUUGAUGGCGCACGACUCCACUUAUAUGCAAAAAUGAAGGACACCAAGUGGUGCUGGGAUUUUCCCUGAGCUGCCUUAUUUUCUCCAUCUAGUUUGGAUGUUGUAGCCGAAUAUCUGCAUUGUGUUACAUUUGUGAUUGUGACUGAAAUGGAAGUUUUUAAUCAGAGAUCUUUGUCUCGACGGAGACUCGUGGACCGCAUGGAGCUUCUUUGUCCCUUUGGCUGUGGUGGAUGAAAUGACACACCGAAACUGGGAUCAACACUUUUUAUUUCUUUUUCUUUUUUUGUUUUGUUUUUUUUCAACAAGGACCUUUCUCUGACAUUUAUGCAAUUUUUUUAAAGUCGUUUUUUCACACUUCUUUCCAUGUUAUACCACUGACAUGCAAACAUUUUUCGAUGCAUUUUUCAUAUAAUAGUCCAGUAUAAAGGAGAGGCUAAUGUAUUUCUGAAACCAAAACCAGUAGAUUCUCCUUAUUAUAUGAUAACCUUAAUCUGUACCAGAAUAAAAACUUGUAUAUUAAUAAUAAUAAAUAAAACAAAAAAACAUGCAACACGCAAGUGUCCGAUUCACCAGAUUUCCGUGAACAAAUCUUUGACUUUUCCAGUUUCUCAUCUACGUCCUCAAAAGAACUUUGAAUCCGAAUGUUUGAAAUUUAGAUCGCUGCAAUGAAGUCAGGCCUGAAGUCGGCUUGAGAAAACACAAAGACAUAAGUGUGUUUAUAGUUCAGACCACUUGGAAAGCAAAAUGAUCUUGGACCUCGUGCACGGCCCAUAAAAAGAGAGAUUUACAGCUCGAGAACAGAUUCUCCUUCAAAGAAACCUCAAGCUGUUCUUGCUUUGUGUGCUUUCUCUUUUUCUUGAUUACCGCAACUUGAAAUUUCCAUCUUAAAAACAGGAUAUUUAUGAGCAGGGAAAUCCUCUCCUUAAUAUGGAGGGGCCCCCCGGGCCUCAUUUAACUCUGCGGCUGUCAAACAAGGUGUUUCUUCUCCUCGGCCCCUCAUAACCUUAACCGUCAGCAAACACAUGUCGACAGUUGUCCUCGCGCGGCGCACCGCGGCAAUAAAAGCGGGCCGGUAGGAAAUUGCUGCUGAUUUUUGUGUUGUUCUGCUUUUUUGGGAGACUUUAAGGGCAAAGUGCUCAGAAAGUGACAUGAGCUCAUGACCUGAGGAACUGUUGUCAGUCACAACUCACAAACACCAGACAAAGGUUAUCACAGUUUUUUUUUUAUUUUGAGUUAACAUAACCACGAUUAGGAAACUAACUGAUGUUGAUCAUAUUUGCAUUUAUUUUGUUGGCAUUAAAAAUGACCAUUAUUCAGUAAA